AGAACUUGUAAAAUGUCAAAGUACAGGCGUAUAAUGUACUUAGUACUUACAUUUGAAAUAAUGAAACCCAUCAGUUAUAAAUGCUUACUCGAACGAUACCAUAACCCUUUCUCAAAAUUUACCAUUCGUUGGAGAAUUACCGAACAAAAUCAUCGUUGGUUGUGAUUCUGCUAAAAUACGCGCACUUGGUUUUUAAUUUUUACAAGAUAAAACAAAAAUGAAUGUGAUUGCGAUAUUCGUGUGUUUAACCAUUAUUGUAAUAAUUUUACUGAAAAUUUUCGAUCGUUUUAAAAAUAAAAGAAUGUACGAAUUACUCGAAAAAUUUCCGUCUUAUCCAACAUACCCUUUUAUUGGGAAUUUAUACAUGUUGUGUGGUUCAUCAAAUGGUGAGUUUCUUAAAAAAUUGAAUAAAUUGAUUGAACCUUACGAUCGUCAAGUUUUUUGGUUCGGUUUCGUUCCUAUUUUAUUUCUCAAAAAACACGAAGACAUUAUGGCAAUACAUACUCAGAGUCAAUAUCGCGAAACUCUUGGAUUUGCAGAUGAAUGGAUCGGUACUGGAAUAAUAAAUGCCAAGUACGAAGAAUGGAGAAAAUCAAGAAAAAUUCUAACACCAGCUUUCAGCUCAGAAAUGCUUUCAAAAUACACUGUUGUCUUCAAUAAAAAUUCUUCAGCUCUGGUAAACGCAUUAAGACAAGUGGCUGAUACCGGUGAAGUGAUAAAUGUUUGGGAUUACUUGAUGAAGACAAAUGUUCAUUCGAUUGUUGAGAACGUUAUGGGUGUUUCAAUUCAAACCAGUGGAAAAGAAGGACAACAAUUCGGUGAUGCGGUUUACAAAACAGUACAAAAUAUCUUAAAACGUAUGAUAUCGCCUUGGUUACACCCCAGUUUUAUUUACUUCCUGUACCUGAAAAUUACAGGAGAGAGUAAAGUUAUGAAACAGUUGCAUCAUAUACCCAUGAAAAUUUUGAAAGAAAAACUAACCGAAUAUCGAAAUGGAAACUUGAAAUAUGAUGAUGUUCAUUCUUCGAAAACUGUGAUCGAUCAAUUAAUCAAGGAAAGUUUGCAUGAACCUAGUUUUACCGAAACACGUAUGAGGAAUGAAUUAUUACAUGUUACUGGUGCAUCAAUAGAAACCACAACACUGAAUGUAGGAUUCUUGAUGUUGAUGCUGGCUAUUCACCAAGAUAUUCAGCAAAAAGUAUACGAAGAAAUCACAGAACUUCUGACAGACGAUGAAAUCCUUACUCCGGAUCAUUUAUUCAACCAAUUGAAAUACCUAGAACAAUGCAUAAAAGAAACUUCUCGAAAGUACACUCCAGUAUUAGGAACCUUCAGACGUACGCAUAAAGAAUGUACACUGAAAGAUAACAAAAUAGUUCCCAAGAACACAAUGGUCUUUUCAGCCUUUCACUGGGCUCACUGCGACAAAGAAUUGUUUGAGAAUCCUCACAAAUGGGAUCCGGAUCAUUUUAAUGAACAAAACGAACAAACUAGAUCGAAAAAUGGUUUUUUGAGCUUCGGAUAUGGACCACGAUCUUGUAUAGGAGCUAAAUACGCAAUGAUGUCGAUGAAGACAGAAAUUUCACAUAUUUUGCGCAGUUAUCACCUAUCAACCAAUAUAAAAGAAUUAACAGACGAUCAUUUGUGUGCGAACAUGUCAAUCAGGAGUAAAAUAGGAUUUCCCAUCAAAUUUACCAGCAGACAGAAAUUGCACAAAUGAAAUUAUGUCUGCAGCAAUUCCUAUUGAUUUUCUCGUAGGUACCUAUUUGUACCUACCUGCUACCUACCUCAUUAAUCCCAACAAAAAAAUUCCAACUGUUUUUUAUCGUAACUGUUUUGUCAAUAGUUGAAAUUAUAAAUGAUAA